AGCGUCGUUCCGCCACCAUCGUCUAUUUGUAAACAGAGAUCUCGCUUCAAAUUUUUUCGGAGGUCAACCAAAGUCGCUCCAAGAAACAAGAUCCAGGGAAUAUAGACAUAAAAAAGUCUAAAACCCUAUAAAAUAAGAACAGAAGAAGAAGAAGAAGGAGAUGCAGGGAAUAUAGACAUAAAAAGUCUAAAACCUGAUAAAAGACGAAAGAAGGACAACAAAAGCCGCUGAAGUCUCUUAGAAGUUUGCUAAAGUCUCUUCGAAGUUUGAUUAUAUAAGGAAAAUGAAGAUACCGGCCAAGAGCCAGCUAGAGCAGAUAAUGGAGGAGCACACUGGGAAGAGAAUACGCAUUUCGAAAGACGCAUCCUCGUAUAUGUAUAUGAGGUACUUGAUUUUCAUGAAGGAGUUGGCUAAGAAGACGGAUGAUAUUGCUUUCAGUCAAAAGAAGUUGCAGAUUGGAGGUGAUAAUAUUGCUCGUGCCGCUCCAAGGCUACUCACAGAAUUCAGUGAAGCUCAGAACAUCCGACUGAGAGCCAAGAGGAGGAGCAGUGAAGGUGCAAAAGAAGAAACCAAAGGCAGAGAGAGCUCUAGUGGAGGAGAGAGUGACGAAAGUUCUGAGGGAGAAGAGAGGGGAGCCAGUAGAAGCAGCAAAGUAAAUCAGCAGAGGAAAGUGGUGCAGAAGGGGAAAAAAAGAAUUAAGGUAACGUUUGGUUGAGUGGAUAGUCGCACUUGCUAAUUUCAUUGUUAUUUUGGCAGAGACAGUGGUCAACUAUUGUUUUGAUGUACUCAGAAACUUUUAUCAUUGUAACAAGUGUGUAAUAUUGGAAUUUUAUGUGUAUUAUCUUCCUUUACUAUAACAUCCUUAUUACUUGAUCUUUCUGAAUAUUCUUUUCUUUCUUUUUCUUCUACUUUUAUGAUUUUGUACUUGAUUCAUUGUUAUAAUUUACUGUAAAUCAGGUACUGGUUUUAUUCGUAGUGUUAAGCAAAACCCAUCUUGCACAGAUUGAUAACAAACUGAAAAUUAACAUACUAAUUAAUACUUCGAGUUUUGCUUUAUAAUAGAAUUUUAAGACAUGCCAACAGGGAUAAUAUACUUAGAUUUUUCUUUUUUUAUUGUUAUGAGUGCUGUGUAAGAGGUAUUAACCCCUCUGGAUAAACUGAUUAUUGGCUGUAAGGUCCUUUUUGUAACUAUCAUGUGUUUGUACUAUUCUGUAAUCCAUAAUGCUAUUCACAAAACCUGGUGAUAUUGACUAAGCAGUUUUCAGAUAAGUUUUUUUCCCAUUUCUUCUUCUUUUUUUAGAUUUAUUACAGAUACCUCUUAAUUACCUUUUAAAAAUGAAUGUCUGAAUAUAUAUUUUGUUCAUGUUAAUUGAUUGGCAUGUUGCAGAUAAUUUUUGUACAUGAUUUUUAUAUCUCCAAUAAACUUUUGAAAGAA